AAUUUAAUUAGUUCGAAAUUAAUUGGAACAGUAACAACACCAAGACACACAGUCUCCAUUCCUGUACAGCAAAAACGUCUAACAUUUUCAAAAAAAGUUAUAAGUGAUGGACGAAUUACAAUCAGGCUCUGAAGACCUCGUAAAAAAUGCGAUAAAAACGAAAGAUGGAGACCAACUCUUUAAACCAGAUGAAGGAUUCAAAGCGCUCAUGGGCGACGACGAAGAUACCGUCACCUUUGUAUUUCAACACGUCAAUCCGGAUGACGAUGGAACCCUGACUUCUGUAGCGCGAACCACGCGAGGUCUUUUAAGUUUUGGUGCUGUGGUGCAAGGAGAAGUCAGCCACGGCCAUCAAGGCAACGAUACUACUGAUAGCAUCGCCUCUUCUGCGCACAAUAAAAAGCCCUUCAGACACUGGAAGCCUUCGAUCAUGGUAGAAAAAACUGAAGUCGUGGUCAACGAGGGCGACCAAGCUAUGCUGCAAGUCCAGAUAAACGGCUACCCGAAACCGGACUUUAGGUGUACGUUUGAAGAUGUCCCCAUUAAACCAAGCAAAAAAUACAAAAUAUAUCACGAAAACGCAGAGCAUAUUUUGAUGUUGGUUAUCAAAGAUGUCCGUUUCAAGGACGCCGGCAUCUACACGAUUAUGGCGGAGAACGAAAUUGGUUUUGCGUCCGUUGAUAUCGUCUUACAAGUAAUUCGUCAAAAGUAUCCGGAAAUUAAGACCAGAAUAGAAGAUCUCUCCGUGGGGGUGGACCAACUAUUGGUAAUGUCAUCCGAAGUAGACGGCAUUCCUGCACCCGAGGUCCAAUUCCUGAAAGACUCCAAAGAGAUUAUACAAAGCGACCGCCUCAAAAUAAAUGAAAAAUGUCCCCUUUACACUUUGAGUAUUUCCGACACAACCCUCAAAGAUUCAGGUGUAUAUUCUGUGGUCGCCACUAAUGCUUUGGCGCAGGUGUCGCAAUUUUGGUGUGUCUACAUUUACAGCAAGCCAAAAUUUUUACAAAAACUCGGUUCCGACGUUGAAGUAUUCCAAGGGGAAACCGUAAUCUUGAAGGCCAAAAUCGAAUCGGAACCCGUCGCAACAAUUGCCUGGUUCAAAAAUGAAUUUCCUGUCUUUCCCGACGACCGGGUGCUCAUUGACGACGAAGAUGGUUUCUUUAUUUUAAAGUUGAAGAAUGUCGUUAUCCAAGAUGCGGCAAUUUAUAAAUUUAGGGCGGAGAACGCCCACGGUUUCGUCGAGGAUUCCGUGAGGAUAUACGUUAAGAAGGCUCCGACCAUUCUGCGGGGCCCUGAAGACGCGACUGUCCUAGAACAGGACAUGUAUCACAUUAUACACACUGCAGUGUUUAGCAUCGACAUCGAGGCGUUUCCCAGGCCAGAAGUAAAGUGGUUUCUCGACGGAGAUGAGUUGCCGAACAACAUAUCGGGGCUGGCUAGAAUUGAGACCGAUGAAAAUAUUAAAUUGAUAGUCAACGAACCAACCACAGACCUAUCCGGAAUGUACCUUUGCAAAAUUAGCAACGAAUGCGGUUCGGUGCGGACCAAUGCUAAUCUCACGGUCAACUGUUCACCCAGGAUAGCGGUUCACCUUAACGACGUCACCAUCGACGAGCAGUGCAAAUUGGACCUUUCGGUAAUCGUGAGGGGUUACCCGACGCCCGCUUUUAAGUGGUUCAGAAACGAUCAGGAAAUCUGUGCGGAUAAACGUGCCGAAGUAAGAAUGGAGAAUUACGGCAAACACAAAUACAGAGCCUUUUGCAUUAUCAACGAGAUAUCCUAUGCGGAAAGGGGCAAUUACCACGUAGAGGCGACCAACAAGUUCGGCACUGCCAAGAGCAAAUGCAUCGUCGACGUUCUAACAAAACCAACGAUCCUCGAAGCGAACAUGCGUGACAUGUGCGUCAGGGAGGGCGACGACAUAACCUACACGAUACGCGCUUUUUCAAAACCGCCCCCCGUAGCUUCGUGGACGUGGGAGGGCGAGUUGAUCGCCGCCGACGAUCGCAACAAAUUAAUCACCACUCACGAAGGCGAGGAAUUUAGAUUGGGUCUGAGGAAAGCUCGAAUGGUGGACGCUGGUAUAUACCAGUGCACCGUUUCGAACUCCGUCGGCAAAGCACGCCACAGGGCCGUACUGGCCGUAGUAAGAAGGAAAAGGGACGAUUCAGUUUAAUUUAUAGACGUUAAAUAAACUG